AAUAAUAAUAAUUAUUUCAAUUUAUAUACUGCCCUUUAUCAGAAGAUCCCAGGUGGGGUUCCACAGUAAAAACACAUUACAGAACAUCAAGGAUAAAAACAUAAUAAUAAGAAUACUGACAGGAAGCCUAUUAAUGAAACAGUCAUCAUAAUAACUAGUUAUUACUGAUACAUUAUUCGUAUGAAAUUGCUUAUUUAUUUAGUCAAAUUUAUAUACAUCUUGAUAGUUAAAAACAAACAAACCUCAAAGCAGUUUAGAAAAUAAUAACGCCGAAAAAUCAAGAAAAAUACGCAAGCUUUAAAUGAAACAAAACUUUCUUUCAAGUACUAAAACAGAUUCAAAUCCCCCCCCCCCUUUUCAAGCAUCCAAACAGGCUGGACUAAAUGGGAAGAUGCCUGCCUGAUAUCAAGAGGCAGGGAGUCCUAAAGUCUAGGUGCUGCCAUACUAACUGAUCGAGUUCUUACUGUUGCAACUGGCGCAUUGAGCUGAAUUGAACCUGGACAAAUAUUUCACUGCCAGUGUGUUUUUCCUGUGUCUUGAGGGCAGCAUGCCCCAAAAGUCUGCUUUAAAGUAUUUUACAUAAACAAGAGUUUAUUUGUAGUAUGGGGGUUAUUAGGUUGUUUUUCUUUUUAUUGUCCUUUGUGUUUCUUAAACUGAAAUGUGAUGUUGUGAACUGGAUCUAGGGAGGUGUACAAAUUGUAAUGAUAAUAAUAAUAAUAAUAAUAAUAAUAAUAAUAAUAAUCCAGUGGUACCUCGGUUUUCAAACAUCUCCAUUGACGAACAUUUCGGUUUUUGAAUGCCGUAAACCCGGAAGUACAGUCAUACCUCAGGUUACGAACACGGCAGGUUGUGCAUUUUUGGUUGCGGACUGCGCCGAACCUGGAAGUACCGGAACGAGUUACUUCCAGGUUUGGCGCUUGCACGUGCGCAGAAGCACAAAAUGACGUCACACACAUGUGCAGAAGCGCCUAAUCGCGUCACGCGUGUGCGCAGAUGCGGCACUUCACGCUGUGGGUUGCGAACGUGCCUCCCACAUGGAUCACAUUCGCAACCCAAGGUAUAACUGUAAAUGCUUCGGUUUUCAAACACACCUUGGAAGUUGAACAUGCCAAGCGGCUUCCACUGAGUGCAAGAUCCUGAGGCCUAGCCGUUGGCUAUUGAGUUUUCGGUUUUCGAACAUUUCAGAACUCGGAAUGGUCUUCCAGAACAACUUACGUUCAAAAACUGAGGUACCGCUGUAAUAGUCAUGAGUAAUCAUUUGUCUAUUUAUAGAAAGGAUCUGUUUUGUUGCUGCAGGAAAACCUGCAUCCUGGUUCCUUCUCUCCAGAAAAAGGAGUUUCUCAGAGCUGCUAACAAGAGCUCCAUGGGUUUGGCGGCCGCCCCCUACGCCUGCCACCCGGAGCCCCUGGCACCCUCCUAACAGAUGCCCCCGGGUGCCGCACCACCAUGAACCUCCUGGUGACCAAGGUGCUGUCCCUGGUGGGGGUCUUUGUGCUGAUGCUGGGGGGGUCCUUGCUGCCUGUCCGCUUCAUUGCCACCGAUGGUGAGAAGGCAGAGCGCUCCCAGCGCAUCAUCUCCGUCUGCAACUCCUUCGGAGGCGGCGUCUUCCUGGGCACCUGCUUCAACGCCCUGCUGCCGGCUGUGCGAGAAAAGCUGGCGGAGGUGCUCAAGGUGGGCAACGUGGUGACCGACUACCCUCUGGCUGAGACCAUCAUGCUGCUGGGCUUCUUCAUGACGGUCUUUGUGGAGCAGCUGGUGCUGACAGUGCGCAAGGAGCAGCCGUCCUUCAUUGACCUGGAGACCUUCAAUGCCGGCUCGGAUGCGGGCAGUGACUCUGAGUUCGAGAGCCCCUUCCUGGAGCCGCCCUCCAAGCGCCACCACUACCACCAGGGCAGCUCGACCAGCCACAGCUCCAGCCAGUGCGGCCUCAAUGUCCACGAACUCUCCCGCUCGACUCCGCUGCGCCUCUUUAGCCUGGUCUUUGCCCUCUCAGCCCACUCCAUCUUCGAGGGGCUGGCGCUGGGCCUGCAGGAGGAGGGGCACAAGGUCAUGAAUCUCUUCCUGGGCGUGGCCAUCCAUGAAACGCUGGUGGCUGUGGCGCUGGGCAUCACCAUGACCAAGACGGGCCUCACCCUGCGCGAGGCGGCCAAGCUGGCGGGCGCCGUCAGCCUCAUGAUCCCGCUGGGCAUCGUCAUCGGGAUGGGCAUCGAGAGCCGCCACAGCGUGGCCUCCAGCGUGGCCUCGGUGCUCCUGCAGGGCAUUGCCAGCGGCACCUUUGUCUUUGUCACCUUCUUUGAGAUCCUGGCCAAGGAGCUGGAGGACAAGAGCAGCCGCCUCCUCAAGGUGCUCUUCCUCGUCCUGGGCUACGCCGUCAUGGCCACCCUCGUCUUCUUCAAGUGGUGACGCCGUGGCCUCCAGGCGGGGAAGCUCUUCCCCACCGCUGCCACCCUCAGCCACGCCCCAAGCCACGCCAAAGAGUUCUGCAUGGCGUGAUGUAGCGUGGGCUCCGUGGCCUCGAGGCCGGAUGGAGGAACAGGACGCUUCCUGCUGCCCCCUUAGACACACACACUCCGGACCAGGGGGACCAAGAUGGGACAUGGCACUGCCUUGCUCAGCUCCCCUCGCUCUCAGGGAGACCCGAGUCCCUGAGGCAGCUUGGCACUCAUGCCUUUCUCCUCCCCAGAUCCUGGGCAACCCCUCUCCUGCAAGGCUUGAACCAGUCAGGAGCAAGGUGGCAAGGGCCACGGAAGGUGGCAGAGCCACAACAGGACCUGGGCCUGAUCAGUUCCCACUCCUUUUUCUGCCCUCCUGGCAAAGCUCUUGGCAGCCAGCUAACCUGUGGCGCCUCUUCAGGGUCAAGGGCGCAGAAAGGGCGUCUUAUCCCCCUCUGGCUCCCCCCUUAUUUUCCAGGAGGUGAGGAUUGUGGCGGCAAGAGGGGAGACCUGGCUGCACAGAGUUUCCCUCCAGGCCUGUGCAGUUUCCCCACAGAUUUUGCUCUUGUGGACGCAAAAUCCCGCUGGGACGUUCGUUGGGUUUCUUAGGGGGCGCAGGGAGGAGAUCCCCUUGUGGGCUUUUGCCAACGGUUGGCUGGUGGUCUGGCCCAGCCAAAGCUCACUGGCUGCCAGGAAGCCAAAAUUCGCAGUCUCUCUCCCUGCAAAAGGUUCACUUUCCCCUCUCUUCAAAAGGCUCAUUUUUUCCUUCUCUCUUGCUGUGAGCAGAUUUGCCAGGGAGCCCAAAUCCACAGUCUCUGUCUCUCCUUUUUCAUUUUCCUUUGAUUCCCACCUGGCCAAAGCCAACCCCACUUGGAGCCGCCUCCUGCUUUCUCCUUUGCGCCUGAGUGCGCAGGUGACACCUGAGCCUCUCCUUCCUUCUUCCCAGUCGAGGGGACCUGCUGCUCCCGGGGCACCAUGCACUUUCCUAAUUUGCAGCACAGACAGAAAUCUCCUCCUGGCCCCCCAAUUCUCUGCCUCCUUGUAUUUCUAACGCUUUUCUUGAAGGGGAAGGGGUGGUGGAGCAGGGCUGUACCCCAAGAAGGUGGAAAGCCGGUUUGCGGGGACCCUUGUGGGCUGCAAGGAGGAAAGUUGCCAUUGCUGUUCCUUUCAUUUUUUUGUUCAUCUGGGGUCUGAAGCCAGAGAGAGAGAGAGAGAGAGAGAGAGAGAGGGAGAGGGGAGGCCUUUCGGCUGCUGAGUCCAGAGGCUUGGAUGGCCUAAUGGAUCCCUGGAGCACAAAAGAGGAGGUGGCAUGCAGACUCUUUCCUGCACCACUUUCAGGGUGGAAGGACAUGCAGGAGGCAAGGGGGGGGGUCUCAGUCUUCCUGCCACUGCUUCCCACCCCCAGCUCUGGCACCAGAGUUUUGGCUUUGAUUCAUGUCGGGGUAGAGACUCGAACACGAGGCUCAGAAGUA